AUGGGUCGUUAUUGUGAUACCCUUCGCAAGCAGUUCAUCAUUGGGUCUCUUAGGCCCAUGUCUAGCUUUGACUGGGCAGAGGAUGUUGAGGAGGCUCUCGAGCAACAGUAUGAGCGUUUGAAAUCUAACACCAGUUCCGCCUCGAGUUCUAGGGCGGGCAAUAGACCCGAAAAACAUGGCGAUACUAAUACCCCCAUCUCUUCUCAGCUAGGAACUAACAUCUCCCCGGUAGAACCAGCCUCGGGACCAAGUAGACCUACUGUGAGCGCUUCACCCCAUGUCAGAGAAGAUCAUGAGAACGACCUAUAUUAUAGCAAUGAGUACAACAACGAGGCUGCACAGAUGAAAACUGAACUUGACGAAGAGUUUAUAUUUCGCGAAUCUUGUAUGGCCCAUGACGAAGAAAGACAUAUACACCAUUUCAACUGGCUCGGUUACCCGAUCUAUGAAUCCAGUGGGACGCCUCCAGCGAUCUCCCUUCUUUUCCAAUUGACAGAUCCAAAGAUACCCAAGCCCAGAGAUGAGCUUCGCUUUCAAUCUAUCUUUGCGAGGGCCUUGAUGUUCAUCGACCCAGUUAUUGUUGGCCUCGAGAAAGGUAUGCAGGAUCUGGACCGUGAAGGCUUCAAUCUCGUUCGAUGGGCUACUGGCCGCGUUUCCAGAUUCUAUACCUUACAUGGCCGAUGGAAGGAAGAUCGAUUUGAAUGGGAGGAAUGCAGGAUCCCAGAUACGGGGAUUAUCGAACACUAUCAAAGUAGAUCUGUGGCCUGCGGCAACGGCUUCAUUAGCCUUUGCAACAUACGAUCAAGGCACCAGUGGGGAGCUCACAAGGCUCAGCUUGAAGAUAAAUAUGAAAAAGCUUGCCGCAACGCAGCAGAGAAUUUCUACCGAAAGAGACAACACAGGGCCUAUAAGCCUUCUUUGCUGAGGCAGUCCAUGAACCUGGGAGAUUUGGAAUGGCCUGCAGACAAUCGUAUAGAGCCGCUCAGCGAUAGCUCAAUCCAUGAGCGAGAUCACGAUACGCUCUCCGAUGUCUUUCUUGAGAAUAGCGACGAAGAAAGUUGCGAUGGGCGAUGUAGAGAAGCGGAUGCCAACGACCGUAGAAAAGGAAAACAACGAACAAAAACCCAGCGUUUCGAAGCCCAUACCACACCUGAUCAGGUUGCUGACACUAUAGAUAUUAUAGAGACUUACGAAGACUGGCCGGGUUUUAUCAACCCCCAGCAUGCAACGGAUUCAACCGACACCUGGGAAGCCCUCAGCAGGACGCCGGGUGGCGGUCGAAAGAAAGCCUCUCUUAAGAAGACCCGCCUUCAACGCUGGAAGUAUAAUCUAAGUUCUUGGAAACUGGGCUUGAAGAUAAAGAUUGCCAACCGCCGUCGGUUAUUAUACAUCAAGGCUCAGAAUAUGUUCGGACCAAGGGGGUUCAAGCGUUACUACUGA